GUCCUCAGGCUGAGGUGCAGAGACAGACGUAGGGGAUUGAAUAAGAAUGACAUUUCUUUUUCUGUAACAGGAUAUUUUGUUGACCACCACAACAGCAUUCAUUCCUCAAGCAGUUCGCAGUGGGUCUACAAGGUGUCUUGCAGGACUUCAAACUGUGAUAACAAUAACGACAAGGAUAACUGUGUCACGCUGACCCUUAUCGUUUUAUUCACGUCUUCACCUGUCUUGGCUGCUCAGGCAUAAGUAGCAUUGUUUGGCAUCAUGUUCAAAUGCCAGGGAGGACGAGUCAAGUUGCAUUACUGUUUGACAGUGUUCUCUGGACUCUUGGAGAGUUUGUUCUUCACAGGGAUUACCUUUGGCUGGGCUUCUUUGGUGUUUGUGUUGAAAAGUGACGGAUACUUUGCUGGAUACUGCACAAACGCCACCAGAGAGGAGGACCAAGACGUGUCUAUAGAUUGCAGAGGUCAGGAUGAGCACCUUUCUUGGGUCAUGUCUGUUGCUACCAUUGCCAACACAAUAACACGCUUCCCCAUUGGAUAUGUUUUCGACCGUUGUGGAACCACAGUGGCAAGGCUAAUAGCUGUAUGUUUUUACACCACUGGCACUCUGCUCAUCGCACUGUCAAGGGCAGAGACGUCGGUGUUGCUUUACCCUGCGACUGCAUGUCUCGUAAUUGCUGGAACAACCCUUUACAUGACCAAUGUCCAGGUGGCAAACCUGUUUGACACCUAUCGCUCCACCAUUAUGAACGUCUACAAUGGGGCCUAUGACUCCUCUGCUGCCGUCUUUCUCAUCAUAAAGAUGCUACAUGAAAAAGGAGUAUCUCUUCAUUGUUGUUUUGUCUUCCUCACUUCAGGUAGCAUAUUCCAACUUCUACGUACCUUCUUAUUAAUGCCCAAAGGACAUAUCCCCUACCCGCUGCCAGACACAUAUACUUACGGGGUAAGCUGCCCCGGCCAAAGAAGAGAAAGAAGAGAGGAGGAGGAGAAUGACAAGGAAUUAGAUGUGAAGAGGAAUAAAGAUGAUAAGACAGCAGAGGAUGAGACAUCUGCUUUGCAUCUGCACAAAAAGCUACUGUAUGAGCCCAAGCAAGAGGAAGCUAGUUUCGGUAGCUGUGUGAAGUCAUGGCUCUUCCUGUGGCACCUGCUGUGGGUGGUCACCAGUCUCCUCUGUCAGUUCCUCUACCUAUCUCUUGUCAAUCCCAUGCUCACACGGCUGGCCAAUAAUGACCAAACCUUGGUGAGUCACUACACCAAUGCCUUUGCUAUUACCCAGCUAUGCGCAGUGCUGCUUUCCCCCAUGAACGGCUUCAUCAUGGACCGACACAAGCACAAGCCUCACAAGCCUUUAACUCAAGGAGAGACAAAGCGAGAAGCAGACCUGAGUUCACUCCCUCUCGCCCUCUCCCUGAACUCCAUGCAGUGUUUCCUCUUCUGUGUGUGUUUCACCUGUCCUGUCCUUCCCCUGCAGUACCUCACCUUCAUCCUGCAGGUUGUCAACAGCGCUUUCUUUUUCGCAGGACACCAAGCCUUUAUCAGCACAGCCUUUCCAAUGCAACAUUUUGGGAAGCUGUCAGGGUUGGUGAUGACAUUAUCAUCUCUGGUGCUGCUUCUCCAGUUUCCAAUCCAAUAUGUCAUCCAGCACCAGCUGCACGGCGAUCCGCUUUAUCACUGAUGACACUUGAUGCCGGACUGAAUCUGGAUAAAGAGUGAAUAGGGGAAUUACUUGUGGUGUUAUACAUUAAACACACAAUGUAUAAUUCCCCUUAUUGACGCUGUAAUACCCUAAGGAGGGAGAUGACCCUAUGCCACGUAUUCACUAAACUGACCGGAAGUACUGUUACGACUUGAGGCGACCAAUAGGAAGAGGCGACCUCUGGACAAAGAGCAAUGCAACUAAGGACAGUGAACACCUCGUGAACCCUAUUCAUGUUUUGGGCCUGUUCAAGUGUGUUCUGAGCUACUGAGCCACAGCUGUGAAACUUUUGU